AGGAAAUAUUUGCAUGAUUUCAACAUUAUCAGGGAAGCUGGUGGCGUUGGUAAGGGCAUUGUCAAGGACUUUAAUGUUGAUGUUAAUGAUAACACCUUGGAGAUUCAUUUGUAUUGGGCUCGAAAAGGAACUAGUUCUAUUCCUAAUGAUAAUAACAGUGUAUAUGGACCUCUUAUAUCUGCUAUUUCAGUCACCCCAAAUUUCAAUAUUCCUUGGAUUUCUGGGGGAGGCAUUGCUGGAAUUGUGGUUGGAUCGUAUGUGUUCCUCAUCAUACUAAUAAUAAUAUUCAUCCUCCGACGAAUGGGCUUACUAGGUGACAGACGUUCAAAAGACAAACAACUUUUAGAUUUAAAAACAGGUUAUUUCUCUUUAAAACAAAUCAAAGAUGCCACUAAUAACUUUGCCCUAGAAAAUAAGAUUGGUGAAGGAGGUUUUGGACCGGUGCACAAGGUAAAUUGGUUACAGGGUAUACUAUCAAAUGGAGUUGUCAUAGCUGUGAAACAGCUUUCCUCUAAAUCAAAGCAAGGGAAUCGUGAAUUUGUUAAUGAAAUUGGAAUGAUAUCUGCUUUGCAACACCCAAACCUUGUAAAACUUUAUGGAUGUUGCGUUGAAGAAAACCAAUUGCUGCUGAUAUAUGAGUACAUGGAGAACAAUAGUCUUGCUAGAGCUCUUUUUGGUGGUCAAGGACAAAAGAUACAUUUGGACUGGCCUACAAGAAUGAAGAUAUGCGUAGGAAUAGCAAGAGGAUUAGCUUAUCUUCAUGAGGAAUCAAGGCUGAAAAUUGUGCACAGGGAUAUUAAGGCAACAAAUGUCUUACUUGAUAAAGAUUUGAAUGCCAAGAUCUCAGAUUUUGGAUUAGCCAAGCUUGAUGAAGAUGAGAAUACUCAUAUAAGCACAAGAAUAGCAGGAACAAUUGGUUAUAUAGCUCCUGAAUAUGCAAUGCGAGGACACUUAACUGAGAAAGCAGAUGUUUAUAGUUUUGGAGUUGUUGCUUUAGAAAUUGUUAGUGGAAAAAGCAACACAAGUUACAGGCCAAAAGAGGAGUUUGUUUAUCUUCUUGACUGGGCCUAUGUUCUUCAAGAGCAAGGAAACCUUCUUGAGCUAGUGGAUCCAAGCCUUGGUUCAAGCUACUCCUUACAGGAAGUCACGAGAAUGCUGGAGCUGGCACUCCUAUGUACUAACCCAUCUCCAACUCUAAGGCCAUCCAUGUCCUCUGUUGUUGACAUGCUUGAAGGAAAGUUGCCAAUCCAAACCCUAGCAACCAAACGUCAGGAGAGUGACCAACAAGUUGCCAAAUUCAAGGCCUUUGAGAUACAAUUAUCUCAAGAAAGCUAUAGCCAAAUCUUUAGUUCUUCUUCUAUAUCAAGAUCACACGAAAAUGUGAAGUAAAGGGUCGAGGCAACGAAUAGUGCAUCAUCACAGUACAGUUGUAGUAGUUAAACCUUAGCCGCUUCUGCAUUCUCACAUGAAAGUGCGAAGAAAAGAUUUGAAGUAAUGGAUGGCUCAAUGGUCUAAUUAUAUUCCUGUGUUUAUCUUCCAUGUAAUAAAGAUUUCUUUUCAUCUAGUAGGCUUCUUGAGAAUUUCAACUCCGCACGUAGGUUGGGAAACAAGCAUGAAAUUGCAAUCUUUCAUAAACGAGUAGAUAUUAUUCGAA